CAGUUCGGUCCACUCAAAAAUGCCGUUCCAGCCGCACUUUGUCCCCAAAUCCAGGCAGAGAGGGGCUGGCUCAGAGCAGCCACAGGAGAUGGCACCCCUGGAAGCAACAGGCCUGCUCCCUUCGGUGGCUCAGCGAGGUUCAGCCCUGCCCACAGCGAGUGUCACCACCCACCCCGGCUGCGCCAUGAGGAUGAGUGUGACCCCCGGCUUCAGGAGGUGCCAUGCAAGGACCAGAGAAGAUCCUCCCAAAAGGAAGUGCACAGGCUGGCUGGAGAAGGUAGGAGCUGCAAACAAGCACCAGAAUAAAACUGCUCCCAAGACUCCCUUAACCCCAAGGCAAAACAGGAUGGCUCUUCCCCAGAUUCCCAAAGGAGGCAAGGUCUUUGAGAAACCAGGCCAGAAGCUGCCAGGCCUCCCCCAUGCCAAAGCAGCCCCUUUGGGCACUCCCGACAUGGCGCCCUGGACUGGGCCCUCUCAGUCCGAGACCUCCUUCCAUGCCCUUUUCAAGCCUGUGGUGUCCUUCUUGCACAGUGUCCCUUUCUCGGCAGCAGGAACUCCCAGCUCCUGCAGCUUCUUCCAAGACCACCUGGGAGAGAAGGCGCCGGCUGCCGAAGGGGAGCAGCGGCCGAGGACCCUGCUGCUCCAAGGCAAGGCGAAGCAGAAGGCAAGCCGGAGCAGAGGCUCGCCCAGGCACUUCCGGAGCAAGUGGCAGGGGGUGAAGCUGCCGCCCGUGCCCAGCAUCACCAACCUCAACUUCAGCCGCAAUUUCACCUUCUCCUUCUUUGAGCUGCCUCCGCAUCAGGGCCCCCAGUACUGGCUGCAGCGACAGCAACUCAUCCGCUUCCUGAUGAAGCAGCUGCAGUAGUGAGCCCUGGCCUAUCUCUGGGGCGCUGGGUGCGAAACAAGAGGGACAGCCACCAGGUGCAAUGGGUGGAAUGGGCCUCUCACGGGAAGAUACACUAAAUUCAGCCUAGAGCCUUGGAGAAAGCGACCUCCUGGUUAUAGUGAGGCCCACAGAAAUAAGAUACGCACAGCCCCCAUUCAAUCAGCUUGCCUCUCUGCUCCACAAUGAAGCUGCUGACAGGAGACGCCGGACAGUUUGUCAACGCUGGCAACAUCUGAGUCCUCUUCCCCUCCCUUAUCCUUGUCCUAAGCCGCAAGCUGAUGCUGCAGACAUGAGCCUCUGCCCACCCUGGUAUGCACAGAGCAAGUCUUUGCAACCGCCAUGGACAAGAAACGCCCGCUGCUCUAAGCAACAACUUUGCCUUCUGCCCAAACGGCAGGCAGACAUCUGUGUUUGUGUGAGGCUAUGCAACUUCGUUUACAAGCUUUCUUUUCUGAUAUGGGUGCCAAAGAUUUUCUGUAUGUGGGUAGGGCAUGGCCUAGAUGGGGUGUCAGUCAGCUCAGAACAGAAUAAAAACAACCAGUGAACCACCA